GUCCCAACAAGUCUUUGAGAUGAAUGCUAAGGUGUUGCUGGUUCUGGGCGUGGUGGGCUGUGCUGUUGCAGACAGGCGACCGACGUAUUCUUACAUCGAACCCGAAUCGUUUGAGUACUCUGCGGAAUCUCGCGAAGCAAAGUACGACUUCAGAUGGGCCGUGAAGGACGACUACUCCGGCAACGACUUCGGCCAUCAGGAGUCCCGCGACGGCGACCACACACAGGGGUCGUACUAUAUGCAGCUCCCCGACGGCCGUCUGCAGAAGGUGACGUACUACGUGAACGGCGACUCGGGCUACGUGGCCGAAGUCAACUACGAGGGCGAGGCUCGCUAUGACUCAGCUGAGUCUCGAGAGUACGGGCGGCCAGUGUACUCUCCGCCAAGACCCGUGUACUCCCAGCCAAGACGUGUGUACUCUUCUCCCGAAUCGGAGGAAUCCUUGGAGAUUCCUGUAUACAUUUCACCCAGACCUAUUUACGGGCCUCCAAGACCAACUUACGGCUGAAAGACACAGGAUCGGAAAAUGGUGAACUAGCGUUGGUAA